AUGGCAUCCAGUCGAGCGGCAGUGCAGCAAACAGUCGCGACAAGCCUCGUCGAGAAGCACCAGCGAGUGAAAGAUGCAAUGCAAGCGAUGAAGCGCACGAUGGCGACGGAGUUCAAAAAGACCAAGGCGUUGCUGGGCAAAUGGAGUAUCGAAUGCACAGAAGUGUGCUUGCGGCACAACGAUCGAGAGGUGGCGACGGCGCAAAAGGUAGCAAAACUCGGCCUGUGCCACCAGCAACUUCGCUCGGAACGAAACAAAGCGUUGGAGUUGCAACAGCAGCUAUGGAAGGACCAGGCCAAGCACGAACGCAUUGCUCAGCAACUGCACGACGAGCUCGACGAAACCAGAGACCACUUGCAAGUCCUUAUGCAAGUCAAAGUUGGUCUCGUCGCUGAUGCCCAUGCAUCUCGCGAACGCUUGCAUCAUGGGGAAAUGGCCGAGGCGGCGUUGCGGCAGGACCGUGCCCGUCUGACCAAACUCAACCAGGCACUGCACCAACAGCUCCAGAUCCUGCAACACACCCACGCCCGAGACAUGGAACGCGCUCUGCUGCACCACAGCCACGUCGGUAAGAACAAAGUGAAGCAGCCCCCGCUAAACCAGACGGACGAAGACAUCCCGACUGCCGAAGACUGGAGCGAGUUCUUGGACUUGAUCAUGGUGCAUCGCGAGGAAGUCCACCUUCGACCUGCGGACCCCCCGUUGUCGUCUUCAACGUAG